AUGGCAGCAAGUCUGUCUUUGAGAGCACACUGGUUCCCAAGUCUCCCGGAACUUUCAGGAGUCUCUCAGAAAUCGGGAUGUUCUCCUGCACUCCCUGCAAACAAGCAAGAAUCUACCGGAAAUAAACCAUCUCCAGCAAACUCAUUAUUUUCACAUGAAUUCACUGCUUUAUUAUCAAUUGUCUCAAAGAAGUCUGAGCCAAUGGGUCUGAGACAAAUUCACCUUACAGUAUCGCACUUGUUUUAUUGUUUUACACAGACUGACAUUCGGGCAGUUUCUGGAAUUCCAGAGGAGCAUAUCAAGACACGAAGAGUGAGGAUCUUUGUCCCAGCCCCGGCUGCUACCCAGUCAGGAACAAAUGACACCCAUUGCUGGAAACUUGAAUUUGAAACACGGGAGCGAUGGGAAAAUCCUUUAAUGGGCUGGACUUCCUCAGGUGAUCCAUUGUCAAAUAUAGGUAUAUCAUUCGAUUCUAAAGAGCAGGCUAUUAGCUUUGCCGAAAAAAAUGGAUGGUGGUAUGAAGUUGAUGAACCAGUACCUAAAAAACCAGUAAAGCCUAAGUCUUACGGAGCUAACUUCUCGUGGGGAAAGAGAACACGAACAUCUACUAAAUAAAUAUAAACUUUAUGCCAGAUUAUAUAAUGCCAGUAUCAUAUGGAGUGUUUCAGAUGAAGUUCAAACCCUGCUCGCAUGCAUUGUCUCAAAAUUGGGGAAAACAGCAAAUGUGUCGCAAUUAAUCAAGUAGCAAUGAAGAGGCAAAUGAUUGUAAAGCAAUGUUUGCUUUGCUGAGUGUCUUUGUUUUUGCUAUGGAUUUGUACUGUAGAAGAAUGUUCAAAGGGUUGACAUUCUAGCAAUUGUAAUUACAGUAUUUGUAAAUUCAGUAGAUUCAAGCGCCAUGUGUUACAGUAAUUAUUCCAAGUAAAAAUUAAUAAUUAUUGAUUUUCUGGUU